GGGCAAUCAUUAGAUCUGUAGUCUGAAGCUCCCACUGGUAUAUGCUAUAGGGAAUGGUAUUUCUGCUGCCUGUCUGCACAGGAGGUGUGUCCGUCGUGUGUGUGAUCUGCUUUCUGUCUUGAGUAUCUUCCACAGCAAGCAGCUGAGAUGGAGCGAAUGCAGGAUGAGAAGAAACUGCGUGGGUUUUUCAAAAAUGUGUCCAUGGAGCGUUACGACCAGCCGUUCAGUGAGGGAGUGAUCACCACGGUGUGGAGUUUCUCUGUGGCCAUCUUCAGUGUUGGAGGCAUGAUCGGCUCCUUCUCCGUCGGAGCCGCAGUCGACAGAUUUGGCAGGCGUAAGUCCAUGAUGCUGUCCAAUGUCCUCGCGGUCCUGGGAGCUGCUCUGAUGGGGCUGUCGGCCGUGAGUCGGUCUUUUGAGAUGAUCAUUGUCGGCCGGUUUAUCAUCGGCGUGUUCUGUGGCCUGUGCACCGGACUGACGCCCAUGUAUGUGGGCGAGAUCUCUCCCACUGCGGUCCGGGGGGCUUUCGGUACCCUGCACCAGCUGGGUGUCGUGAUCGGCAUCCUGGUGGCACAGAUCUUUGGUCUGGAGUCUCUGCUGGGCUCUGAUCAUUUGUGGCCUCUGCUGCUGGCUCUGACCGCCCUGCCGGCCGUCCUGCAGACCAUCAUGUUGCCCUUCUGCCCCGAAAGCCCCCGCUACCUGCUCAUCAGCCUCAACCAGGAAGAGGAGGCAAGAAAAGCACUUGUCCGCCUGCGUGGCACUGAAGACGUGAGCGAUGAUAUUCAAGAGAUGAAGGAAGAAGGGAUGAAGAUGGCCAUGGAAAAGAAAGUGACCAUCCCCGAACUCUUCCGCUCCCCAAAAUACCGCCAACCUAUCGUCAUCGCUAUCGUCCUCCAGCUCUCUCAGCAGCUGUCCGGCAUCAACGCUGUGUUUUACUACUCCACAAGCAUCUUUGCCAAAGCCGGCAUAACUCAACCCAUCUACGCUACGAUCGGAGCUGGAGUCGUCAACACUGUGUUCACUGUCGUCUCUCUCUUCCUGGUCGAAAGGGCGGGGCGGAGGACGUUGCACUUGAUUGGUCUGGCUGGAAUGGCCAUCUGCGCUCUACUUAUGACAAUCUCGCUCUCUUUAUUGAAGACCAGCCCGUCUCUUAGCUACAUGGCCAUGAUCGCUGUGUUUGGCUUUGUUGCCAGUUUCGAGAUGGGUCCAGGUCCCAUUCCCUGGUUCAUCGUGGCUGAGCUCUUCUCCCAGGGGCCCCGGCCUGCUGCCAUGGCUGUCGCAGGUUUCUCCAACUGGACCGCCAACUUCCUGGUGGGGCUAUCUUUUCCCAAACUGGAGGAACUCUGUGGCCCAUAUGUCUUCAUCAUCUUCACGGUCCUCCUCAUUGGGUUCUUCAUCUUCACCUACCUGCGAGUGCCUGAAACCAAAGGAAGAACCUUUGACGACAUCGCACAGGGAUUCAGCGCCACCGCGGGGAAGACCACUGAUGGCCCUGGGCCUGAAGCAGUGGCCAUCGGCCUGCCGGACCCUGCACCCAUGUCCCCCACAGAAAAGGUUCCGAUGGUGGAUCUUCCCCCGGGGAAACCAUGAGCAUCUUUAGCGAGAAGCAGGAAGCCUUAGGGUGCAGUGCAGGCGAACAGGGUCCAUGCACAUAGAAAUUGCAAGGAGUUAUAUUUCAUAACUCACUAACGAUAAAAGAGCAGCGAGGUUGUGUUUAGAAAAAGCCAACUCAGUGUAUUAAUGCAGAAACCAGAUUUUUGUUUUUAAUGUAUGUUUUUUAAUGUGCCUUAUUUUUUUAUUAAACACACAGUCUUUAAGUAUUCCCCAAUUACAAAAGCUUAAACAAAUGACCGAAUUCCCCGUAAUCCUACUUUAACAGUGGGCGAAACUUAACUGAAUUACCAGUACUUAAUGUUUGUUGACAUUCCCGGUGCCAGCUCUGUGCGUAUUGAUCCAUGUAAGAGGAUCAACAUAUGUUCAGUGUCCAGGUCCUCUGCUACCCCCAGUGUUAAAAGGUUGCCGGAUUUAAAGCGGGGGUUUACGUAUUGAGGUCAAGCUUGAAAAGCCGGUUUUGGAGUGUGGUAGUUUGACCCAAAAAGACUGACUUGGUGUCCUGUGUGCUUGCCUGAUGUGCCUCGCAGCCAGGGGACGGGAGCCAUGUUGUCUCGAGCAGACAGAUGGACGAGGCGCUGCAUCAAUCCCUCUCCUCCUCGGCUCGAAAAAAAAAAGCACUGACUAUAGAUUUAAAUUAUAUAUUUAAGCGAGCUAUGCACGUUGAUGUCAUCUGAGAGGACAGGGUGUUUGUACUGGUGCACGUCAUUUGAAGUUAGAAGCGUUUGUGUGUGAUAAAGGAGUAAGUCGAGGAGGGUCGUUCUGCACGUAGGAGAAUGAGGCGUAGUCUAACCCUGCCAAGUCUUAGCAAAGUGUCUGUGUUAUGGUUUCGCUGCAGGAUACGACCACGAUGACAGAAUGACUCAGUCCGAUACCUCAGGUGUCUCGUUGUGUUAAUGGCUUUGGCUUCUAACUGUUGCAGCGGAUAAAGCACAUUCAUUCAUCACUGUACUUGAAACUCAUAACGUAAAUACAAGCCGAUGCGCCACAGGUCAUUAAGAUAUCCCAGAACCUCUUGAAACAGUGUUACAUCAAAUCAAAAGUGCCUGUCACUCUUUUUCAAAUAUGAAUUCAGACACAAUUAAGUCUAACUUCACAUAUUUUCUGUUUAAACAAGCCAUUUGCCAUGUGAGACAAUGAUACAGAACAAAAACACUAAAGAAAGUACUGUAUUCGUAUUUAUUUCAAUGGUUUAUGCACAAAAACUGUUGUAUCACAUGUAUUUGUGUCCGAAUGUCUGAAAUCAUCUGUGUAAGUUUAGAAUCUCCACUUUCUGCAUCAUGAUCAGCUGUUACAACACAGUGUUUACCUGCUUACAGAUGCCGCUGACGCUUGCACAGUUGCAGGAAGCACUUUUCAACAUUUCAGAGUUAGCAGCGUUUCGUCUGCUCGCACAGUCCGACUACUUUCUCCAGAUGGUUCUUGUGUCUGUGCGCCAAUCGCUGCUACAUGUAUAUAUAUUCAUAUGCAUUAGGAUAGGUCUGGUUUUGGUUGUCAUACUCUAUUUGCUUUUCAUAAUCCUGUCUCAUCCGCCGAUUUCCUCUUGCCCUUUGGGAAAACUGUUACUAUGGUGAAUGCCACCAUAUUUUAGUUCUCCACAGCAUUUUUAAUAUGUAUAUUUUGCUCUUUUGCUGUUUUUUCUUUGUGGGAAAACAGAAGCGGGAAGUGAUGGCAUCGGAGUGUGUAGGUGGCAGUCGGAGUUGACCUUUACUGUUUUUCUAUCAUGAUGUCCUCUGUUUUGCAGUAAUAACAAGAGAGACUAAAAUGAAAUAAACUUGCCCGUCUUGUAAUGAAAUGUGAGACUUGAAUAAUGAGGAUAAACAGCUUGUGUUAUUUCUCGCUGUUAUGCCGUGAGUUAAAGCCAGUUUAUUGCCAUGAAUGUUUAAUGUUACUGAUCUUUAUUCUAAAGUCAAAGUAUGAGAGGUUUGUCUGUUUCCAUAUCUGCAUUGUGGUAACUUCCAGUCCUGCACCACAACAUAAUCUACUACUACUCAAUCAUAUACUGUACACACUGAAAAAAGAAAACUGUUCACCAAAUGGAAAAUAAAAAUAUUUCAACUGUUAUUUAAAGUUAUUU